AUGGCCGCCGCUAUAGGCCAGACGAUCUCCGUGAUAGACAAGUCCGGCAAAGUCGUUAGCACCAGCAAACAUCUAUUCAGCGUCUUCAAAGAAGCUCGUUCUGCCUAUCGUGAGCGGAAAACCGUUAUCCGUAACGCCGAAGAUGCGAAAAAGGCGGAGCGAGAUACCCGCCGAGCCCUAGCAGCAUAUGCCAUCGAGGAUGGCCAUUCCACCACUUCAAUGCGACAUCUAGGCCGGGCUAAGUCCGUUAUUCGACACCAUGACGAUGAUAGACAUAGCAGACACCACAGUCACCACAGUCACCACACGAGCAGGUCACAGAAGCGUCGCUCAUUCGAAUUCGAGCUUCAAUCCCAGUAUUCAGAUGAACACCACCACCACCCGAACAACCAGCUGGCCCGGCGCCAUACUGAGCACAACCUCGCCAUGGCCCACGCUCCCGCCAGACCUUCGUACGGCGAAGCCCGCGCCCACACCCUCCCAAAAGUCGAUAUGGAUCUAGCAUAUGGCGAGUUUCACCCAUCAGCGCUCGAACGUAUCGAUCCAGAGCCCAGCGAUAUGUCUGGACUUGUCGGGAAGGUCAAGGGUCUCCUCAUCGAAGCCGAUUGCGCCCACCACUCCGUGACGGCCAUAAUUUCCCAUCUACAGUCAAACCCGGAUGCUAUGGCCGCCGUCGCCCUCACCUUAGCCGAACUGAGCAAGUUGGUGACAGAUCUUGGUCCCACGGCGCUCAAGGCGCUACGGGCUAGCGCACCAGCGGUUUUCGCGCUCUUGGCCAGUCCACAUUUCAUGAUUGCCGCAGGUGUUGGCAUUGGAGUGACGGUCGUGAUGUUUGGGGGUUACAAGAUUAUCAAACAGAUCUCCUCCAGGCCAGAGGGCGAGAAGGAGAGCCCUGUUGUCGUCGACGAACUUAUGGAGAUCAACACUGGCAUGAGCCGGAUUGAAGGCUGGAGAAGAGGUGUUGCAGAGUCCGAGGCUGAGAGUGUUGGAACGUCAGUCGAUGGAGAGUUUAUCACUCCCACGGCUGCAGCGAUGUCCCGAGUGAUGCUCCAUGAGUGCGAGAAUGACCGCAUGAGCGAAAUUAGAAGCGGCAGUCGGCUACUUCCUGCACCCACCCGCGUGUCGUCCUAUGUUGGUGGGAGUGUGUAUGAGACGGGCUCACAAGCCUCGCGCCGCUCACACACGUCGCGGUCGUCCAGGCACUCUAAGUCUUCCAAGACCUCGAGGAGCUCCAGCGAGAGCAAGGAUAGAAAGACGAAGGAUGAGAAGAAAGACAAGGAAAAGAAGAAGAAGAAGCCUUCUCCUCUAAGGAAGCUGUUUAGCUGA